GACAGCAGAUCCUCAGCUCUUCAGUCCAGGCCUGCUACACCUCAGCCUGUGCUGUACCCUCCCAGCCUGGAGUGUCGCUGUACCCAUCCGUGCACACCACCCAGACACCUCCAGCGUUCCAGCGGGGGGGUUGGAGGUAGAGAGGAGGGGUGGCGGGUGGUGUUACAGCGGUUUAGGGUCUACUGCAGCUCAGAGUCGGGUAGUGUGAUGGCUGCCUCGGUGUUCUGCUGCCUGCGGUGCUGCAGAGAUGAAGGAACGAGACAUAUUCCUCUGAAGGAGAUGCCGGCUGUGCAGUUGGACACACAGCACAUGGGAACAGAUGUUGUUAUUGUAAAAAAUGGAAGAAGAAUAUGUGGAACAGGAGGUUGUUUAGCCAGUGCACCUUUACAUCAAAACAAAAGCUACUUUGAAUUCAAAAUCCAGUCCACAGGAAUCUGGGGUGUUGGUGUUGCAACUCAGAAAGUUAACUUGAAUCAGAUUCCUCUUGGCCGAGAUGUGCACAGCCUGGUGAUGAGAAAUGAUGGAGCUCUCUACCAUAACAAUGAGGAGAAAAACAGACUGCCAGCCAACAGCCUUCCACAGGAGGGAGACGUGGUGGGUAUUACAUAUGACCAUGUAGAAUUAAAUGUAUAUUUGAAUGGAAAAAACAUGCAUUGUCCAGCAUCAGGUAUAAGAGGGACAGUGUAUCCAGUUGUUUAUGUUGAUGACAGUGCAAUUUUGGAUUGCCAGUUCAGUGAAUUUUAUCAUACUCCUCCACUUGGUUUUGAAAAAAUACUAUUUGAACAACAGAUCUUCUGAAUGUAUUUGUUUUUGAAACUUGUAUUUCUGCACUUUUAAGUGUUUACCAUUUAAUAAAGCUUUACCUGACUAUUGAUGAAAUAUAUUCUUAAAAAUAUGCUUGUUAAUGUUGUUUAAGGAACCAAUGUAUUCAAUGUACCACCCAAAAAUUGUGAUUUAAAAUACUUAUGUUUUAUGGUAUGAAAUCAGCACUUUGGGCUGUAUAUUUAAUUUUUAUUUAAAUAAAUAUAACCAUGGGUAUGGUUAGCAGUAUUAAGUGGAAAUAUGUAUAUAGAUACUUAAAAGGGAAUCUUACAUAAAAUAUUUAAUAGGGACUUAGAGUUGGGUAGGUUUUUGUUAAACUUCAGAUUUCAUCAACUACUUUAAGACUGCAGUCCAAUAAUUUUGUGUCUCAUGGCCUUUUUACAUAGACUAUAACAAAUUGACAAAUUUAUAUUAUUGGCAACCUUAACUUUUGCAAUUUAUUUACUAUAAGAUGUACCACUUUUCUUAAAAUUUAAAUUGCUUAUUUUGUUUGUAUGUCAUUGCUUUUGAUUUGCUUUGUGAAAGGAGAUAAAUGUUUUAGUAAUUGUUAUUUUGUUGAAGACCAUUACGCUGUGUUACUUCAAUACCAGAAUAAAUAGUGGUUGAUUGGUGAUACAAGGGGGGGCUACCAUAAAAAACAGAUUCUCUUCUGAAGGGCAGGCCCCUUGUAAUACAGGCUUCCUCCACUUGGUGGGUGUUCUAGGAACCCAUCUGUAUCAGUGUACCAGCUGGCAUUGUUGUAGCUGCAUUCAGCUUUAGUGAAUUUUUUAUGAAAAGUCCUCCAAUGCAUUUGCCCAUUUUAUGAUGGAUGAUUUAUGAGCAUAUCUGAUCACACUUUGCUGAGCAUUCAGCAGUUUUUUACUAAUAAUGGGCAUGACCCUUGCGCCCAUCCUCCCUAUUCACAUGAUUUCACACUGAGCACCUCUUUUUUUGUUUCCCUGAAUGUAAAAAGUCCUAAAAGGGAACAUGUUGCUGAUGUGGAAGAGAAGAAACAAAAAAUGGGGGAAGCAUUAAAAGGAAUCAAAUUGAGUUUGAACACUGUUUUCAGCAGUGGAAAAAACAUCUCAAUAGGUGCAUUGCAUCAAAUGGAGGGUACUCUGAAGGUGACUAAAGUUUAAACAUGUAAAAUAAAUACAGAUUUUUUUAUAUAAGUAGAUUCUGUUUCUUAGGGGGUCUAUCCUUGUGUAGUGCACACUGACAGACAUUUAGAAUAAGUAGUGUUGAUCCUUUAAACAAAUCUAAGUGAGAUAAUUCUUGUAAGGACUUUUAUUUAAAUGUGUGUUUCUCUGUAAGGAAUAAUAAAAUAAUGCUAAUUAAGGAAUAUUCACUACUAUAUUAAAUACAUUUUCUCCCUGUUCUGUUAAUUAUAAAUUCACUUCACUCAAUUAUUUCAGAAAUUCAGAGGUAAGUGAAUCCUCCCCAUGACCUGAGCCUUGGCCUAAUUUUCAGUAAAAUGUUAGUUUACACCCUACUAACCCAAACUAUUCACUGUACACAUCUUUGGCUCAGUCCUCUUUAAAGGAACAUGGCAUGGAGACAUACACUUCACUCCUUCAUGAACAAGAGAACAGUACAUUGUAUUAGAAAAGCAUGGGCAUUAGGACUUCUGGCCAAGGUGGAGGCAUGGGUAGAUACACUUUGCCUCCUCACACAACCAAAAGAUGGACAACAAAUUUAAAAACAAGAAAGAAUGAAAACUGCCAGAAAAUUGAACUGUAUGGAAGCCCAACAACCAAAGAGUUAAAGAAGAAACAUUCAGUCAAACUGGUAGGUGGGGUGGAGAGGACACCUGUGGCAAGGCCGCAGUGGCUGGCAGACUGGGAGAUCCCAAAUUUUUGUAUGAAUAAACCAACCAGGAGGAACAGCUGGGGAGCAAGGCCAAGCAACUCAGGGUUCCAGCGCAG